CACUCUCCCACUAUUCCCAACACACCACGUUAUUCAAUUUUCCUUUUCUUCACAAUUUUUUUUCUCUCUUUUUCUCUUCCUCCCAUUUCCCUAAAAUGGAGAAUCCUUCUCCUACAUUCUCCCUUUUCCCAAUUUUGGGUUUCAUUUUGUUUUUUCUUGCUAGCUUUGUUUGUCAAGCACAAGCUAGAGCUUUUUUCGUCUUCGGAGACUCUCUUGUCGACAAUGGAAAUAACAACUACUUGCUCACCACCGCCCGAGCCGAUAACUACCCAUACGGCAUUGACUACCCGACUCGUCGGCCCACCGGACGUUUCUCCAAUGGCCUCAACAUACCUGAUCUAAUCAGUGAGGCAAUGGGAUCUCCAUCUACAUUGCCUUAUUUGAGCCCUCAACUUAGAGGAGAGAACCUUUUGGUUGGUGCUAACUUUGCCUCUGCUGGAAUUGGGAUUCUCAAUGACACUGGAAUUCAGUUCUUGAACAUAAUAAGAAUCAGACAGCAAUUGGAGUAUUUCAGGCAAUACCAAGCGAGAGUGAGUGCACUCAUUGGAGAAGAAGAAACAGUAAGGCUAGUGAAUGAAGCUUUGGUUCUCAUAACACUGGGAGGAAAUGACUUCGUAAACAACUAUUAUUUGGUCCCGGUCUCAGCUCGCUCUCGCCAAUUUACUCUCCCUGAUUAUGUUGUUUAUAUCAUCUCCGAGUAUCGCAAAGUCCUAGCGAGCCUGUAUGAGUUCGGAGCGAGACGGGUGCUGGUGACCGGAACCGGGCCACUAGGGUGCGUGCCAGCGGAGUUGGCCAUGAGGGGAAGAAAUGGUGAAUGCUCGGCUGAGCUGCAACGAGCUGCCGCCUUGUUCAACCCACAGCUUGCCCAAAUAAUCAAUUCUCUCAACGAAGAAAUUGGUUCCCAUGUCUUCAUUGCUGUUAAUACACAAAUGAUGCAUAUGGAUUUCGUCAGUAAUCCUCAAGCCUAUGGGUUUAUAACAUCAAAGGUGGCAUGUUGUGGACAAGGGCCAUUCAAUGGAAUAGGAUUAUGCACUCCAGCCUCAAACUUAUGCCGUAACAGAAAUGUGUAUGCAUUUUGGGAUCCAUUCCAUCCUUCAGAGAGAGCCAAUAGAAUAAUUGUUCAACAAAUCCUCACAGGCACUCAAGAGUAUAUGCAUCCAAUGAACCUCAGCACCAUUUUGGCUAUGGACUCAAGGACCUAAAAUCACACAUUACUUUAUUAUUAUUGUCAUUAUUAUUAUUAUUUGGCCUUCUGUUUGGCUCUGCUCAUAUGCCUUCUUCUUUAUCCAACAUUUAUAUAUACUUUAUUGAAGUUGAGUUGUUCUUGAGUUGGUUUACCAUUGGGGUUCAAAAAUUAUCUAAGUGUUGAGAUAAUUAGUUGAAGUUUUUUCCCUAUUGUUUUUCUUGUGAUGUGGGGGUGGGCUUAGUUAGUUGAUUGUUUGUUUAAUUAGUGAGGAAAUGGUAGAUGUGGAUUAAAAUUAAUCCCCACUCUUGACAUGAAUAAGACUAUUAUUAUUUAUGUUAGUUUCAAUAUCUUAUUUUGUUUA